GGAACACUUCAUCAGGCGCCGACGAUCUCCAAGGUCAAGUCAUCCCAUGAAGCUGCAAGUACCUGAUGAGCACUGCAAGGUUGUAGCAGUUUGCCUUUUAGAAAAGAAGAGACAAAAGAAGAUGAAAUCAACUAGUGACUGGAGGGAGAGAAGAAACGCCAUUCGACUUACCAACGAGUACACAGUAGAAACUCUGGUGGUGGCAGAUGCUGAUAUGGUCCAAUACCAUGGUGCAGAGGCUGCCCAAAGAUUCAUCCUCACGGUUAUGAACAUGGUGUACAACAUGUUUCAACAUCAAAGCCUUGGAAUUAAAGUCAACAUUCGCGUGACCAAGUUAGUCUUGCUUCGAAACCGUCCUGCAAAACUGUCUAUCGGGCAUCAUGGAGAGAGGUCUCUGGAGAGCUUCUGUCACUGGCAAAAUGAAGAGUAUGGUGGAGCAAAAUACCUUGGCAACAACCAGGUUCCUGGUGCAAGAGAUGACACCCCUCCUGUGGAUGCUGCUGUUUUUGUAACCAGGACAGAUUUCUGCGUACACAAAGAUGAGCCUUGUGACACUGUGGGGAUUGCUUACCUGGGAGGUGUCUGCAGUGCCAAGAGAAAAUGUGUUCUUGCUGAAGACAACGGUCUCAAUCUGGCAUUUACAAUUGCACACGAACUUGGGCACAACAUGGGAAUGAGCCAUGAUGAUGAUCAUCUAUCCUGCGCAGGGAGGUCUCACAUUAUGUCUGGAGAAUGGGUGAAGGGCAGGAACCCCAGUGACCUUUCCUGGUCUUCAUGCAGCCGAGAUGACCUCGAAAACUUCCUAAAGUCCAAGGUCAGCACGUGCUUGCUGGUAACAGACCCCCGAAGCCAGUACGCRGUGCGGCUCCCUCACAAGCUGCCGGGAAUGCACUACAGCGCAGACGAACAGUGCCAGAUCCUCUUCGGGACCAAUGCUACGUUCUGCAAGAAYAUGGAGCAUUUGAUGUGUGCUGGGCUCUGGUGCCUGGUGGAAGGAGAUACAUCCUGUAAAACAAAGUUGGACCCCCCUCUGGAUGGCACCGAGUGUGGCGCAGACAAGUGGUGCCGAGCUGGGGAGUGUGUCAGUAAAACUCCCAUCCCCGAGCACGUUGAUGGCGACUGGAGCCUGUGGAGCCCGUGGAGCAUGUGCAGCCGGACCUGCGGCACYGGAGUGCGGUUCAGGCAGCGGAAAUGCGACAAUCCCCCCCCGGGGCCAGGCGGGAAGAACUGCCGGGGAGCCAGUGUGGAACACACCGUGUGUGAGAACUUGCCCUGCCCUAAAGGCGUGCCGAGCUUCAGGGACCAGCAGUGCCAGGCCCAUGACAGGUACACCAGCAAGAAGAAAAGCCUCCUGACAGCUGUCAUUAUUGAUGAUAAGCCCUGUGAGCUCUUCUGCUCUCCGCUGGGAAAGGAUUCCCCCGUGCUGGUGACGGACAGAGUCCUUGAUGGCACUCCCUGCGGGCCCUACGAGACUGACCUCUGUGUACAUGGCAAGUGCCAGAAAAUUGGCUGCGAUGGAAUCAUUGGCUCAGCUGCCAAAGAGGAUCGCUGUGGAGUCUGCAGUGGUGAUGGCAAAACCUGUAAAGUGGUGAAAGGCGACUUCAACCAUACCAARGGGAUGGGUUACAUCGAAGCAGCCGUGAUCCCUGCAGGUGCCCGACGGAUCAGAGUGGUUGAGGAUAAACCUGCUCACAGUUUUCUGGCUUUAAAAGAUUCCAGUAAGAGAUCCAUUAACAGCGACUGGAAAAUUGAGCUUCCUGGUGAGUUUCAGAUCGCAGGCACUACUGUCCGGUACGUGCGAAGGGGUCUGUGGGAGAAAAUCUCUGCCAAAGGACCAACUAAAAUACCACUACACUUGAUGGUGCUGUUAUUUCACGACCAGAAUUAUGGGAUUCAUUAUGAAUACACCAUUCCUGUAAACUAUACUGCUGAAAACAGAAGCGAGCCAGAAAAGCAACAGGAUUCUUUGUACAUUUGGACACACAGCGGAUGGGAAGGGUGCAGUGUGCAGUGUGGAGGAGGUGAACGGAAAAGCAUUGUGUCCUGUACUCGAAUUAUUAACAAGACUAUGACACUGGUGAAUGACAGUGACUGCCAACGAGUGAAUCGCCCUGAGCCCCAGGUCAGGAAAUGUAACACACACCCCUGCCAAUCACGGUGGGUGACUGGCCACUGGAGUCCCUGCUCUGCCACGUGUGAGAAAGGGAUCCAGCACCGGGAAGUGACCUGUGUCUAUCAGCUGCAGAACGGCACCUACGUUAACACAAGAGAUAUCUACUGUCUCGGCAACAAACCAACGACUGUACAAAGCUGUGAAGGCCGGGACUGCCUUUCUAUCUGGGAAGCUUCAGAGUGGUCAAAGUGUUCGGAAGACUGUGGCAAAGGGAUUCAGAAAAGAACAGUGACAUGCACAAAUUCUCAAGGAAAAUGUGAUGCAGCCACAAGACCAAGAGAUGAGGAAGAGUGUGAGGAUCACACGGGGUGUUACGAAUGGAAAACAGGAGAUUGGUCAAAGUGCUCCUCAACAUGCGGGAAAGGCCUCCAGUCACGCGUGGUCCAGUGUAUGCACAAAGUCACAGGGCGCCACGGCAGCGAGUGCCCCAUCCUGUCCAAGCCAGCGGCCUACAGGCAGUGUCACCAGGAGGUCUGCAACGAGAAGAUAAAUGUCAACACAAUUACCUCGCCCAGACUUGCUGCUCUCACGUACAAGUGUACAGGCGACCAGUGGACAGUGUACUGCCGGGUGAUCCGGGAGAAGAAUCUGUGCCAAGACAUGCGGUGGUAUCAGCGCUGCUGCCAGACUUGCAGAGACUUUUAUGCAAACAAGAUGCAGCAGAAGAGUUAAUGAACCUGUGCUACUUCUUAGGGUGUUACAGCUAUUUGUAUGUAAAUCACGAACUAGUAGGUCUGAGUACUGGAACUUAAUGAGUUGCUACAACGUGGUGGAUUCCAAAGCUUACCUAAUAAGACUUGAAACUCUUUCUACAGACUGGAUACCAAAGUAAUCCAUUCAUCCACCUUAAAAAAAAAAUCACGCAGAAAAGAGUCAUCUCAAGGAGCCAAUCAUUUUAUCAUGUUUUGACAUCCUUACCUUUUUCAUUAAUGCUUUUUACUUUAAUAUAUUAAAUUACCAGCCACUGGAUGGCUUGCUACCCUUAAAGAAAGGACAAGAGUUGCAAAGUGAUUACAUUGACUAAGGUUAUGGGUACUUCAGUGAAGGAAGCCUCUGGCAAAAUAAUUCAGCAAAGGUAGAGACAUUGCUUAAUCUUUCAGUCUUGGCUUUCAUCUGAUGUUUUUAAUUCCCAACAGUUAUCCUGCUGUGGAGUGGGCUUGGAGGGACACAUAUAAAUGAAAGGCUUAAUUUAAAGAAGGGAUUUGCUGUAAAAGCUUGUGAAAGCUGAUAGCAGAGGCUGGACAUCUCUGAAAUUCAUAAAGAAAGCUCAGUGCAAUAGUAUCCAAAAUUCCACAUAAUGUUUUUAACACAAUUAAUAGGGACUUGUUCUUAUUUCUAAUUCAAAAAAAAUCUUUCUCAUUUUCCCAGAAAAAAAAAUACAGUUUCUUUUAUUAGGCCUUUUUUUUUCACUGAGCUUAAUGAAAUGGAAGCUUAUUAAYAGCAGUAGACAAUUAUUUCUAAGCGAAGCCCAUGUGCAUGAGAUGGGAGAAGCCAGAAAUCAUUUUAUCCAGUAGUUCACUGGGGGAUUGUUUGGUUUCAUCUCUGCUCUCCAGUUUUUAGAAGAAAAUCUGAUAAGAAGACUGAAUGUUACUUUUUAAGAGGACUGUGAAACUGGAUAGGGUUGUUACAGAAACAGGACUUGGAAAAGCCUUCCUAUGAAGGCUGAACCCGAGAGCAAACAGGUGUUUCCCAUCUCUCAGCUCUUGUAUCCAUCUGAGAUUAAAUAGCC